AUGUCGGGUCUCCAUCGAUCAAGUUCAUCGAAGAACGUUGGAUACUUGCUUCCCUCGAAGGAACUUCUUGACGAUCUUUGCAGUCGAUUUGUUCUGAAUGUCCCUGAAGAAGAUCAACAGUCAUUCGAGAGGAUUUUGUUUCUGGUGGAGAGUGCUUACUGGUACUAUGAAGAUAAUGCUGUAGAAAACGAUCCAACGCUAAAGUCGCUCUCCUUGAAAGAGUUUACUUCGCUCUUAUUCAACAGCUGUGCUGUGCUGAGACCUUACGUUGCUAACAUUGGUGACAUAUUCAAAGACUUCACUUCUUACAAGUGUCGAGUUCCGGUCACUGGGGCAAUCAUCCUGGAUGAGACAUACGAACGGUGCUUGUUGGUAAAGGGAUGGAAAGGAUCAAGCUGGAGCUUUCCCCGCGGGAAGAAGAGUAAGGAUGAAGAAGACCAUGCCUGUGCUGUACGUGAGGAAAUCGCAUGGCAUAGGCUUGAUCACCUUCAGCCAGCAAGUAAUGAGGUGAUAACUCAUGGAGUUGCUGGUCUCAAGUUGUACAUGGUGGCACCUUUUCUUGCAUCUUUGAAGUCAUGGAUAUCGAAGCAUCCUCCUCGUGUAGCACGGAGACCUGACAAGCCCCUUAAAGCACUCUGGGUGUAUAAUGCAAGGACUAGUGUUGGAGGGAACGGGACAGCAACAGCAACAGCAACAGCAAUAGCAACAGCAACAACAAUAGCAACAGCAACAAGAACAACGGAAAGCAACAAUAAAAAGCCUGAAGUCGAGCGUCCUCAGGAAACAGUACCAGGAAGUAGUCUCAGAAGCUUCAAGUUCAACACGUCAGCAAUCCUCCAGGCGAUGGAAUCUGGUUUUUCAGCUUGA